AUGCCCCACUCAGAAUCCAAGAUGGGUGAACCAAUCGUCAAUGGCGAGAAGCACUCUCACUUCCUGGAUCACCUUACCUCUUACCCUGUUGUCUCUGACUCCAUCUCCUACUACAAAGGCAAUCCCUACGGAGCCAAGUCCAUUGAAUUGGUCGAUCAUGGCUACACCCGCCUGGCUAAGCCCGUGCUGCCCUAUUUCUCCACUCCCUACAGCUAUGUGGCGCCCUACCUGGCCCGUGCAGACUCUCUGGGUGACAAGGGCCUCACCGAGAUCGACACUCGCUUCCCCAUCCUCAAGGAAGAUACCCAGAAGCUGCGUGGCUCUAUCUACAACCGCGCCUCAUUCCCCGCUCGUCUGGCCGGCGAUGCCAAGGCCCACCUCUACGAUAUCUACGGGUCUGAGUACAAGAAGUGCGGUGGAGACGGUGUCUUUGCUUCCGGAAAGGCGGUGGUUACUACCAGCUUGGUGCUGUCACAGGAGUCGCUUGCUUGGAUCAGCACUUUCCUACAGACCAAGAAGGAGGAGGCGAAGGAGGUCGUCGAGAAGAACAACACAGGGUCAGACCCAGAAUCCACCCCGGCGCGCCGGCGCAGGCGAGAGUCCACCCUCGGGUCCGAUAGCGAUGGACCCAGCGCCCCAACGAGCACCGACGCAAUGGUGAAGAAGAUGGUCCGACUAGCGCUAGCAAGCGAGUACUCUCGCAUUCCCAUCCGCCGCCUAGAAAUCAGCGCCAAAGUGUUAGGCGAGCAAGGCAGCGGGGAGUUCAAGCUCGUCUUUGAACAAGCGCAACGCGAGCUGCGCUCAAAGUUUGGUAUGGAAAUGACCGAAUUGCCGGCCCGAGAGAAGGCUACUGUUGCACAGCGACGUGCGGCACAAAAGACUGAGAAGUCAUCAUCCGCCAAAACUUGGAUUGUGACAACCACGCUCCCAGUGGCAUAUCGUACUCGAGAUAUCCUCGUCCCAACAAAAGCACCAUCUCUUUACACGGAAAGCACAUACACAGGCAUCUAUACGUUUAUCAUUGCGCUGAUUACCUUGAAUGGUGGCUCGCUUGCUGAGCAGAAACUCGAUCGAUACCUUGCGCGCACAAAUGCCGAUGUUUCCACGCCUCUUGAUCGCACGGAUAAACUACUGCAACGGUUAUGCCGAGAUGGAUACCUUGUCAAAACGCGAGAAAUGGAUGGCGGUGAGGAGAUCAUCGAAUACAUUCUCGGUCCGCGAGGAAAGGUUGAGGUUGGAAAUAAUGCCGUCGCUGGGAUGGUGCGGGCGGUCUUUGGCAAGGAGACUCCUCCGAAUUCAAACAUGCCGGAUUAUGAAAGAGACCAGAUCGCAGACUUUGAGGGAAGACUUGCUAGGAGCCUGGGUAUCAAGCCCAGAGAGAUUGAGGAGCCACCAAGUCAAUCUACGACUAAUGGCCAUGUGGACGAAGAGGCCUCGGCAAAUGCGACACCCCCUCCAGCGAGGAGACGUCCCACAAGACCUGCACGCGCUGCUGCUGAGGAGGAAGAGUCUGAGCAAUCUGAAGACGAUGAAUCCGACGGGUAUGCGGAAGAGAGCGAGUGA